GAUCAAAAUAAUAAUUAUAAUCUUUCAUAUCUCAAUUGUAUCCUAUUAAAGUGAUUCAUUUUGUUUUUCACAACAUUAUUAAGAUGUUUAUACCUAUUGGCUAUUAAGAAUUUUUUUUAUUUUUUUUAUUGUUAGAAAACUAUUAGUUUAAUCGUAAUUUUCAUCUUUAAUAUAUAAAGCAAUAAUUAUGUAUAUGCUUGCAUUUUUGUUUGUUUAAAUAUGGAUCAAAUCAAUUGUUUGUUUUUAUUUACAAUUUAUUUACUAAAUCAUGUAUCCUGUYAUUUUGUCAGCUCGACAGUUGCAUAAAUCUAUAAAUAUCAAGUUUAAAUGAGUAGCUACACAUAAAAUACUGUCAGUUAUCAGCAUACAAAUAAUUUAAACGUUUAUAAAAAAAAAAAAAAAUGAAGGUUCAAGAAUGUAUUUUUCUAAUUUUUACCUCUAUUUCACUUUGGGCGGAGCCAUUUGCUGCAGAAAAUUCCCAAGGAUACCCUCUCGACUGGCCGACGUCAGUUGACUUUCCUGAUUCGUCAAACGAAUACGACAAAUCGUCAUCGUCGGAUGAAAACUCCAACGAGAACUCAUGCUGCAAUCUUUACGAAUUCAUCGUAAAAAAACCCGACGGACAGGACGUUUGUUUGAGUCAAUACGCUGGUAAAGUGUUGAUCAUUGUAAAUUAUGCGUCCGGAUGCGGUUUCACAUCCCAAAACGUACACGAUCUGUCAAAAUUAGCCAUAAAGUUCAAGGAAAGUGGCUUAAAAAUACUGAUAUUCCCCAGCAACGACUUUUUACAGAACUUCGGUGGAGAUAUCGAGGCCAAAAAAUUUGCAAGUAAACAUCCUGAAUUUGAAGUGUUUUCGGAAAUAUGCGUAAAUGGCAAAACACAACAUCCGUUGUAUAAAUUUCUCAAAACAAAAUUGCCCGGCGCUUUAAAUUCCAAAACUAUUAAAUGGAAUUUCACCAAAUUUUUAAUAGACAGGAAUGGAUGUCCUGUUCAACGAUUUGCUGCGACAGAAAGUUUUGAGGCUAUAGAAGAAUUAGUACAAACACUGUUACAGAAACGAUGUUACUAAAUAAUGUUGCGUUUAACUCAGUAUCGUUCAGCUACCUAUUCGGUUUUACAACACGAAGUAAUUUUUUCAUUUUUUUCAGAUUCCAUCUUACUACAUAUAGGUAAUUGUAAUUUGUAGUAUGUUAUUAUAUAAAAACUUUAUAUUAUUCAAUCAUUUUAAUCAAGCAUUAAACUUUUGUUAUGUUAAAAGUUAAAUUUAUCGCGUUAUUUUAAUAAUUUAAAACGAAGUUAUUAAAAUAAUUAUUUUG